UGUGUGUCUGUGUCGAGUGUGUGUAUUAUUAAUGGGUUGGGUGUGUUUGUUUUGUUUCAUUUCAUCAAACAAACAAAGCCUUCAACAAUCAAAAGCAAAGAAGUGAAGAGAGAGAGAAAGAGAUCAUUCUAGAGACAGAGAGAAAAAUUAGCUUCAGUAGAUAUUAGUGGUGGGUUUGGGUUUCAAGAGAGGAGACAUGCCUAACUUGAACCCAACACUUCAAGUACUUGCUUCUUCAUACCCUUACCAGAUCCCAAAGGUCUUGAUCUAAUUUUAAGUGAUUCUUCUGAUGACUAUAUUGAAGGUUACAUGAAGCCAUUUCUCUUUUUAAAUCUUCCCAACACCGAGUUCAAUUCUUCACAAGUUGAUUGUAAUCACUCAAUGGCUCAUUCUUCUUAUCCCUACGGCGAUCCAAUUUUUGCUUAUGGACCACAAGCUAUUAGUCAUCCCCAAAUGAUACCCCCGAUGCUGGGACUAGCAUCCACCAGAGUGGCUUUGCCACUUGAUCUUGCAGAAGAUGGACCAAUUUAUGUCAAUGCAAAACAAUACCAUGGUAUACUGAGAAGGCGUCAGUCACGAGCAAAACUUGAGGCUCAGAACAAACUUAUCAAAAAUCGUAAGCCAUAUCUUCACGAGUCUCGGCACCGCCAUGCUUUGAAUAGGGUUAGGGGAUCCGGGGGGCGAUUUCUCAGCACCAAACAGCUUGCACAGUCUAAUGCAGAAUUUGUCACUGGUGCACAUUCUGGUUCUGACCCUACCAACAGAUAUCAAAAGGAACAUCUAUCAGAGGUGGAAAGUCAUUCCUCAAAAGAUGGAGAUAAUUCAUCUUUCAUCACAACCUGCUCCGACCGGCCAUGUUUAUCUGGCAACAAUGUCAAUUUUCGGCAGCAGGAGUGCAUGUUUCUGGGGAAUUCUGCAAACAUGGGUGGAUCACCACAGUUCAGUGGGGGACUCACCUUUGGCGGAGCAAAGCAGCGCACAUCAGUUGUCCGGUGAGAGAAGAAACUGAUCGAAACCGACUUCACCGGUCAGGCAAAUCAUCCUUGGCUUAGUCACUUUUGUCUGUGUCUUUAUGUGUUCGUACUAAAUGCUCAUUUUGAGAGACUUUUUUCAGUCUGCAUUAGCACUAUAAGACCUUUCCAAUUGCUUUGGCAUGUAUUUUAAAGUUGCUAUUGUACUGGAUUUUGAACUGGAUUGGAAUAGUCUUUUGCAUGGAACUUGUAUGUUUGUGUUAGUUACUGUUGAAUUUCCUUGCUUCAAAAUAUGUGAUUUCUAAUAGUGGAUUAUUUACUCUUUUGGGUUAUUAUAGUAUCCA